AUGGAUAUCUUUGGAGACGGCCCGGGCUACAAUGAUGCCAAUAGAGCCUUCCUGCAGGCCUUCCUCGCCCGCAGCGUCCUCACUCUAGAGACGGCCAAACCCAUCAUCGCGGCGUGUUCGACAUUUAGAGAACAACGCGAAGUCCUACCGCAAGAUGUCACGGUCGAAGACUUGAAUGACUACAUUGCAGACGCAAACCGCAGACUAUCCCCUCUCGACUUCGAGAUCCGAAGUACCUUGCACCAGCAGACUCGAGAACGGGUGUAUGCCCUGGUGAACACCACGAGCGACCCACUCAUGCAACUUGCCACAAGCUACACAGCCGACGAAAUCGUCUACGUGAGGAAACUUCUCGACGCAAUGUUUGAUGGACAGAACAACCAGGGCAAAAGAGAGGCCAUGUGCAUAAGUGGUAUUGACGCCAUUCAAGUCGGCAGAGCCGCCCUUCGGCGCCAGGCCAAUGAAGAGAAUGAGGCCCAGGUAGCAGCAGCAGGUGUGCUCAGUGCUAUGGAUUCAGAGAACAUGCUUCACAAAUUGCUGGAUGAGGGAUGGCUAGAAAAGAGUCGGGCUGGAUUUUACAAUUUGAGCCCUCGAGCGCUGAUGGAGCUCAAGGGCUGGUUAGUGGACACCUACAAUGACGAGGAUGAAGACGGCAACAAGAGAGAGAAGAUCAAGUUCUGCCAUGCUUGCAAGGAGAUUAUCACGGUAGGCCAACGGUGUCCUCGACGUGAAUGCCCUUGCCGGGUGCACGAUAUAUGUACCCAGAAUUUUUUUCGAAUACAGCGAUCGACGAGAUGUCCACUAUGCAGAACUGAAUGGGAUGGCGAAUGCUUUGUGGGAGAAAAGUCUAUCACAACGUCGGAAAGCUAUCAGACAGGAAAGAGGAGGAGCGGUGCAUACAACAGGCGGAGACCCAGUGCCCAUGCCAAUAACGAGGAAGAUGAUGUAGAAUGA